UUACAGGCAUAUCUUUGGAGCUCUCAAAACUACCCUGCUCUCAGUUGUGACAGUACCGCUAAGUAAGGUCCAUGGACCAAUCAUCAUGAGGGUACACUGCAGGACCCUCCCCUUGCUCCUCCCCUUCUUGGAAUCCUUACCUCGCCAUUGGCCGCACCACUGCACCCAAGCCAAUGGCAACCUGGCCUCCCAUAGACUCUUACCAUUCUGCCGCCACUUCACCACUGACAGAUCCGCCCCUCAGCCUCUGAUUGGCCCAGAGUCCGUGGAGGUGUUAGGCCACGCCCACCCACGGGACGACUUCACCAAUGUGACCCCCAAGAUCCUUUCCAAGGUCGGACGCAACCUGCACAACCAGUCACAUCAUCCAUUAUGGCUGAUCAAAGAGCGAAUCAAAACCCACUUCUACUCCGUCUACACCGCUCACCGUGGAAACCCGCUGUUCAGCGUCUAUGACAACCUGAGUCCCGUGGUAACGGUGGAACAGAACUUCGACAGCCUGUUGAUCCAAGCCAACCACCCGAGCAGGAAAAGAGGCGACAACUACUACCUCAACAGGGGCACCAUGCUGCGCGCCCACACGUCUGCCCACCAGAGGGAGCUGGUGAGGUCUGGGCUGGAUGCCUUCCUGGUGGUAGGGGACGUGUACCGCCGGGACGAGAUCGACGGCAGCCACUACCCGGUGUUUCACCAGAUGGAGGGGGUCAGGCUGUUCUCCAACCAUGAGCUGUUUGCACGUGUGCAGAGUGGGGAGGACCUGUCCCUGUUUGAGAGGGGGGGGCGGAGGACCCCCCAGAAGCAGGAGAGACACACGCUGGAGGCCGUCAAGCUGGUGGAGUUUCACCUGAAGCAGACCCUCACACACCUGAUCAAACACCUGUUUGGAGAAGAGCUCAAGAUCAGGUGGGUAGACUGCUACUUUCCUUUCACUCAUCCCUCGUUUGAGAUGGAGGUGCGUUUCCAAGGCGACUGGCUCGAGGUUUUGGGCUGCGGGGUGAUGGAGCAGGAGCUGGUGGACUCAGGUAGCGUAGCGCGUUCGCACAUGGUCAGACACAUACACACACACGCUAGUGUGUUCUCCGCGUCAGUGUAGACAAGGUACUUAGCU